CUACACAAGACAGAGAGAGAGAGAAGCAAAAUUCUAUUUUCUGAGGAAAGGUUUUUUCUGUGAUUUUAAAAACAUCCAGAGAUGAGGCGAAACUCCACCAGUCUCCAUGGAGCCGUUCAGUCCCCAGGAACUCGGCUACGGUUGGUGCUGCUGGGCAGAACAGGUUCAGGUAAAAGUGCCACUGGAAACACCAUCUUGGGUAAAAAAUGCUUCACAUCUAAACUGAGUCUGGACUCAGUGACAAACCAAUGCCAGAAGGAAUCUGGAGUGGUUCAGGGGCGGAACCUGGCACUGAUUGACACUCCUGGCUGGUUUGACACCUCCCUCCAACCAAGUGAGAUAACACAGGAAGUGUUAAGAUGUCUGACCAUGUGUUCCCCUGGACCACAUGCAUUUCUGCUCAUCAUACCAAUCGCUCGCUUCACAGAGGAGCAGCAGAAGACUUUAGAUAUGAUUGAGGCAGUUUUCGAGGAGAACAUCAGUGACCACACGAUCAUCAUAUUUACCCGUGAAGAUGAGCUGGAAGGACAGACAAUUGAGCAGUUUAUAUCAGAACAGGGCCAAAGAAUCCAGGAUGUCAUUGCACGAUUCGGUGGCCGUUUUUUGGCUUUCAACAACAAGAACCCAGAGAACCAGGACCAGGUGGAACGGCUCCUGAACAAACUGGAUGAGAUGCUGGAACAGAACAACUAUGGUCACUUCACCAACCAGAAAACAGAGGUUGUACAGAAAGCACUGGCAAUAUUGGAACAGAAAAAGCAAGACAAACUAAAUGCAUCAAUUCAGAAGGCCAAGCAGGAAGUACAACAGAUGGCUAAACGUCGCAAGGCUGAUAUCAUGAAAGCCUUGGAGAUAAUGAAGCAGGAGAUAGAAAGACGCAGGAGUCAAAUCCAUGGUGAAAUCUGCCAUUUAAGAGCAGAAAUUCACAAAAAGCAUGAAAAACCUUAUGGAGAGCUGCAGUUGCUGCAGGAGUCUCUAAAGACUGCAAAAAACAGGGUCAGAAAGCUGGAGAAAGAGAUGGAAUUAAAGAUAAAAGAAAGUAAAAAAAAGAAAAGGGAUGUGGAAAAAUGUAGCAAGGAAGAAGAGCAGAGAAGAGAACAAGAAGAGAGAGAAAAAGCUUCAAAUGAAGAUGAAAGCAAAUGGUAUUACGAUGAAAAAUAUUUCACUAUUCUGAAGUACCUCAUCAUUUUUUUGGGAGGCGCUGGAGCUGGAUUAGCAUUGGGACCUGCACUUUUUUUCACCGCUGCAGCACCUGUGGGACUGGCGGCAGAGUUAACUGCACUGCUCGGACCAGAGCUUGCAGCUGCCGUGUUGGCAGUCGGGACAAAAGCAGCUCCUUUAAUGGGUGCAGCAGCAAAGGUAGCUCCAUUGGUGACUGGCCUUUGUUCCAUUCAGUAACACAAAAGUC